CCAUAUUGCCUUCACCCAAACGCGCUGGCUGAUCGGCUCGUGCCUCCACUGAAAAUUGUUGCAGCGAUGACGCAGACCGUUCAGACCAACGGGGUUCAGCCCCUCAGUAAGACCUGGGAGCUGAGUCUGUACGAGCUUCAGAGGACUCCGCAGGAGGCCAUCACGGACGGGCUGGAGAUCGCCGUGUCGCCCCGCUCCCUGCACAGCGAGCUCAUGUGUCCCAUCUGUCUGGACAUGCUGAAGAACACAAUGACCACCAAAGAAUGUCUGCACCGCUUCUGCGCCGAUUGUAUCAUCACAGCCCUGAGAUCUGGAAACAAAGAGUGUCCCACCUGUCGCAAGAAGCUGGUGUCCAAACGGUCGCUGCGUCCAGACCCCAACUUCGACGCUCUCAUAAGUAAGAUCUACCCCAGCCGUGACGAAUACGAAGCCCACCAGGAGAGAGUUCUGGCCCGCAUCAGCAAACACAACAACCAGCAGGCGUUGUCCCACAGCAUAGAGGAAGGGCUGAAGAUCCAGGCCAUGACCAGACUGCAGCGUGGCAAGAGGCACACGGUGGAGAACGGCAGCGGCGCCGAGGACAACGGAGACUCCUCCCACUGUAGCAACGCUUCCGUCCACAGCAACCAGGAGGCCGGCCCGAGCAUCAAGCGCACCAAGACGAGCGACGACAGCGGUUUAGACAUGGACAACGCCGCGGAGAACGGGGGCGGGGACUCCGUGAUCGACGGCGGCGCCAGCGAGAUCGAGCUGGUGUUUCGGCCGCACCCCACCCUGAUGGAGAAGGACGACGGCCACAACAGCGUGGAGUUCGUCCCCCGCUACAUCAAGACGUCCGGGAACGCCACGGUGGACCACCUGUCCAAGUACCUGGCGGUGCGGCUGGCGCUGGAGGAGCUGAGGAGAAACGCCGAGGCCAGCCCCGUCAACGUGGAGGCGGCGUCCGAGAAGCAGUACACCAUCUACAUCCCCACCGCUGGAAACCAGUUCACCGUCCUGAACGGGUCCUUCUCCCUGGAGCUGGUCAGUGAAAAGUACUGGAAGGUCAACAAACCCAUGGAGCUCUACUUCGCCCCGACUAAAGAGCACAAGUAGACUCGUCUCAGCCACGCACAUCAACACACACAUCAGCACACACACAUGCACACACACGUACACACAUGCAUACACACACACAUGCAUACACACACACACUCACUCUGUCACCAGUAGGAAGUGAAGUGAUGGACUUGGUUACACCUGCACACACUAACAAGCGCCGUGGGAGUGUGUGUGUGCACCUGAAGGAGAUGAGCGGGGUUUUUUCAAACCCUCUAAAGGACUCUUGUAAAAAGACAAAAAUAACUGUGUUUUAUAUACUCUGUAUCUUCCUGUGUCUCUUUCUAUCUUUUCCUCAGUAGAAGGUAGCAGGUCAGUGCAGCAGCGCACGGCUCAGUCCGCCGCUUCCUGAGACGUCGUGGGUGAUUUCUUUUUUUUUUCUUUUUUUUUUUUUAAGCAUCAGAGAGCAGCUGCGUUCCAGCUGUGCGGCAUUUUCGGGACGUCUAGUGAUUUAAAAAAAAAGAAAAGCGGAACUGGAAGGAGUUCUGGGGAGUCUGGUGGCUGCUGUGCUGAUCUGCUGUAGGAACAAACUGUUCUCUAAUAUCUGUGGCUGCUCUCUAUGGCUCGUCCUUUUAUAAAUGUCUUUUUGUAACAUGGAGAGGAAGCAGCGUGCGUGUGUGUGUCUGUGUGUGUGAGAGAGAGGGUGUGUGUGUGCGCGCGCGUGCGUGCGUGUGUGUGAGAGAGAGAUUGGGAGGUACCUGGAAAAGCGCUGCAGAGACAGACACACCAUGACAGUAUUUCACCUCUUACCGAUGAAGGGCGUCCAUCUUUAACAGCGUUAGUUUGAAGGUGCAGCAGAAACACUUCAGUCAUGUUUUUUUUUUUUUUUGGUACUGAAAUGAGAACGACUCUCUACGCCACCUGGUGGUAUGACAUGGUAUUACAAAUGGCUACACCUUAACGAAAGAACAGAUAUUCGGUCAGUAAAUAUCACGACGUUGCAUAUAAAUGAAUGUUUUCGUGAACCUAAAAGUGACUUUAUGUUCGGUGAAUGUAGACGUUUUGGAGGAUUGCUAAUAGAGCAGUUCACGCUCGCAAUAAUUCAUUGAUUACAGUAAAUUUUAAAUGAGCUGAAAAUGAUUUUCUUUCCAUAAAGCUGGAAUAUGAGGGUUGAGAAGUUCUGCCUUUGUGACUUUAACACAACAAUAAGACGUCCAGUUCGAUUAAAUGUUGUGGAUUUUGUGACUUCUUCAAGCGUUCAAUAAUUUCCCAGAUUAGGAUUAAAGUGUAAUAAUUAGAAUGAUGUGGAGCCACCUGAUGGUGUGCUGAAUCAUGUUAUAAAUGUCCGUACUGUUGGAUGGAAAACAAAAGUACAGCUGACCUACUGCACCUUCAAACAAACGCAGAUCCGAGCGGAGGAGUGUGAAUGUCCCCGAUCAGACACUCCAGAGAACCAGAGCUUUCACAGAUCCACUCCUGCAGGAGCGAAGCGACGCAGACCAACACUAACGACAGCAGACCGCACAAACCGACGGCGGGUGGGGCCGAUUUUCAGCCGUGUUCACAGCACAACGUCGUCACAUUCCUCGAGGGAAGUUCAGGAAGAACGCGAACAGUGUGGGUCCCGACACGGAACCCUGUGGAACCCCGUGGCUUCACUGAAGGAGACGGCUGGUUUCACAGACUCAUCCGAACCUCCUUCAGCUGCUCUUCUGUCUCAUUCGGUACCAGUGUGAGUGUGUAUUACCUGUAUACUGCAUUUUUCUGUUUGGACAAUAAACCUGAAUCUGUGUGAUCAACAUGGA